AGAAACCAAAACCGGACGUGCCUUUAAGACAAGAACCCUUCUUCCUGGGAUGUACUUGGAUUCCAUUGUUACAAGGAGCUGAGAGAAAGGAGCUCAAGUUAGGCGAAUUUAAUCUGGCAGUCACUACAGACCAUCCACCAGCUGCUUACAGUCAACUAUCCUCCGAUGUCCACCUGCCUAAUUUGAAAUGGAUCGAUAACCACAAGCCGGUGUUCAAGGUCCAUCUUAAGAUGAUCUCCUCCAUUUAUCCUCAAGACGCUAAUCUUCACGACUUCUCAGAAAGUUCUACACGUUCGGGCAUCAAUUAGGGAUAGAGUCUGAAGAGAAAGGACUGGCAAACAGCAUCAGACAGAUAGAGGAGAGUGCCAUUGAACCGACCGUACAAUUCCUCCACCUCCUCUUGAAUAAUUUAUGCCAGCUGCUAGUGAGACCCACUGUUACUACAGAAUCAGCUGAAGUCCAAAGGGCUUCCUUCUCUUCGCUAGCCAGUAUAAUAUCAAACGUCCAUUCCUUAAAACUUCAACGAGAUAAACAUAAUCGUGACAUUGUACUAGCCUCUUUCAUCCAAUACGUAUUCGUUAGUCCCCUCCCUCCAUCUAAUCUUGGUCUCUUUGAUCCAGCUCACGUCACAGCCCAGAGGAGUGGGUCUUUCUCUCUCGAUGAUGAUCCUAUGAACAAGAGAUCAGCUUCCAUGAGACACUCACGGAACAUUGUCGUACAACAAACUCCAAAUUAAGAGAACAAUCGGUUGAAGUCCUUCGUGACCUCCUGGCCAGUCACGAUUCAGAUAUCAGAUACACCAACUUCAGGUCAAGAAUAUCUUCAAUAUAUCUACCACUGCUAUCAAUCGUAAUGGACAACUAUCACAGACUCUAUAAGGGUGCUGAUGGUUGGGAGAACCUGACAAACACGUUUGACCGGAAUACCGAGGUGCGUCGCUCGGUCGUCAUUAAGGAAGGAAGCGAUGGGUCACUGGAGAUUGAUGACGAGGAGAGUAGGUAUGAUCAGAUACUGGGACCUGCUAGUACCAGAAACCUUUUAAUAUGUUUCCUGUGGGUACUGAAGAACAUUGACCCUAUGCUUAUUAAACACUGGUGGAGUACCCUCUCUAUAUCAAGGCUCAAUCUCUUCCUCAAUGUUCUUGAUUUGUGUGUUGCUUGUUUCGAGUACAAAGGAAAACGUAACCUCAUGAACCAGCUGUCAGGAGCUUCAGUAGCGACCAGCAAGAACUCAAACAACAUGAAAGACCAGCUGGCUAAUGCUAUACUCUCUGGGGUCGGUACUGCUAAGGAGAGACUCCAGAGGAGGAGACAGCAGUCACAGGAUCCAGCAGCAGGUGGAUCACUUCGCUGGGGGAAGACCGUGUGGCAGGCAGCAGCUGAAUAUACUGAGAAGCCUAAAGUUGAUAUUGAAGUUGAUGCAAUGAUUGAGUCUUCAUUAGCCGGAGAGGCCAGCCUAGUGGUUCUUGACAUACUAGAACUAUUGAUCGGUAACACCCUCCACAUUGAGAACCUUCAGAGCGUCCUGGGGAAGAACCUUGAAGUUCUCCUCCAUCUCAUGCUCUGCAAUCAAAGCAUUGAAGUCUCUCGCUGUGUCUUUGCUAGUCAGAGAGCUAUUGUUCGAAAGUUCCCUGAACUGAUACUCUACGAGGAGACGGAACAAUGUGCUGAGUUAUGUGCUAGACUAUUGAAGCACUGUAGCUCAUCAAUGGCUGAUGUGAGGGCGUGGGCCUGUGCUUCUCUUUAUCUACUGAUGAGACAAAACUAUGAGAUUGGACAAAAUUUUGCUCGAGUUAAAGUUCAAGUUACGGUUGCUCUCUCUUCCAUUGUUGCUGGCUCCACGAAAUCUUUUAAUGAGCAUCAUUUGCGUCGAUCAUUAAAGACACUGAUACUGUAUGCUGAAGGAGAUGACGAUAUGUAUCAGACUAGCUUCCCUGAACAAGUGAAGGAGCUUGCUAUUAAUCUUCAUCGUAUUCUGUUGGAUACUGUUAAAAUGAAGUCAUUCCAAAACGAUCAUGAGAUGUUAAUGGAUCUGAUGUACAGGAUAUCCAAAGGUUAUCAAACGUCUCCUGAUCUUCGUCUCACGUGGCUACAGAACAUGGCCAAGCAACACAACGAGAAAGAUCACUAUACUGAGUCAGCA